AUGGAUAAACCAACAAUGAAGAGUGUUAUUAUUGUAGCUACACUGGCCACUGUCGCAAAGCUGUCAAUGGCUGAGAACGUGACAUCUUUCUAUCAUCAGACUGUGACUCUACAGCCCGGUGAUCUGUCCUUCUGUGAUGAGGCGAUGUUAACUACAGUUUCUGACUUUGGAGAAACUUCCACCAUCGCACCCACAGAAACAGAGCAGGUUUGGGUAUGGUCCACUCUCGCAUGGCCCUGGUGGACGAUUCUCCAGCUAGUCUCUGCGAUCGUUGGCCUCGUCGGGAACCUUCUCGUCAUCAUCGUCACCUUUCAGCGUCGAUCAACAAGUCGAUCUACCGAUAUCUUAGUUGGUAAUUUAGCUAUCGCCGACUUCUUAACUUCGCUUCUCCUGAUUCCUCGACCUCAAGCGACCCGUGUACCUAACACGAGCCUUGGUAACUUCUACUGUAAGCUGGUCUGGUCAGCUUUCUUCAGAUGGACUGCUGUAAGUGCGUCAAUCUAUACCCUGAUGACGAUAUCCUUCGAUAGAUUCUUUGCGGUGGUCUAUCCGCUUCGAUUCAACCGUAUCGUCAACCGCCGUCUCGUCUCCUACAUCGUCAUCUGCGUGUGGCUCCUUGCCGUACUCAUUCCUAUAUCAGGCUUCAUCAUGUUCCGCGUCGACGUCGUUAGCCAACGAUGUGUUCUCAAGUUUCCUACAGUCGAGGGGCAGGUUGUUUUCGGUUGUUUUGUCUUUGCCACUCGUCUCGCCAUCCCAGCACUCACCAUGCUUAUCACCCAGGUUCUUAUCGCUCGGGAGCUCCAGAAGCAAUCACUGCGCUUCAAAUCCAACAAAGGCAACUCCCAGAGCAAUGCCUCGUUUCAUAUCGUGGCUCGGAACCGUGUCCUCAAGCUAAUGGCUAUUGUCAUUGUCAUCUACAUCGUCACCUGGGGGCCGAACCAGACUGUCUUCUUCGGCCUCAAUGUCGGCCUCGUGUCCUCUACCUACUUCUUUAGUCCUUUCUAUCGCAUCCUUAAUGUCCUGGCGUUUUACAACUCCUGCGCGAACCCUAUCAUCUACGCGGCAAGGUUCCCCCAGUUUCGGGUCGCUGUGAAAGGAUUGUUCGUCAGGGAUGCCCAGGGACGGUCAUCCAUCUUCGAGCAAGAUACAGGAAACAAACCCAAGCCAGGAGCGGCUAACAACGGCACGUUAUCGAAUACACUUUCGUCCAAUAACACCCUCUCAACCAGUGAAUCUGCAGAAAAUAAAGCCUGA